AUGCUUGUCGAAUUAUUGAUAUUAGUUACAACUAUUUUUUCGACAAAUGGAUCUCCCGCCGCAGAUUAUUCUCAGGCUCAUUACACGGAAUUUCAAAAUGUCGAACAAACAGCUGUAUUUCCAAGUCCAGAAGAACAGCAAGUGUUAUUCGAACCUCCUCAAGAUCAGCUAGCGUUAGUCGAACCCCCUCAAGAUCAGCUAGCGUUAGUCGAACCCCCUCAAGAUCAGCUAGUGUUCUUUCAUACUCCCAAAGAACAGAAAGUGGCAUUCCACGAUGACGAGCAUCAAAUCAAUGGAGAGUCAGUCAAUGAAGAUUAUUUCCCUUCUGGUAAUUCAGAAGCCUCGGAACAAACUGGUUUUACAAUUAGCUGCACCGGAGAGAACAGACUAUGCGUCGAUAAAAAUGACUGCCUAAAUGGUUAUAUUCGCUUUGACAAAAGUGCCGCUUAUUCUUCAUUUGCUAAGGUUCAACAGUGUCGAGUUCAGAAUCAAGUUUGUUGCACAAUUGAUACGUCCGAAGGCAGUGCAAAACAAGAUGAUAACAAUAUAGUCUUUCAAGAUGAUCAGUCAGCUAUAAAGAGUAGCGGGGUUGCAGUACCCAGUGACAAUUCUGGACAAGAUAUUGGGUCUUCCUCGCUAACCGACUUUGAAACCGCGAUACCUAUGCAGCUUGGCUGUGCAGCAGCUCUUCUUUGCGUUGAAGAACAAUUUUGUACCAUGGACGGUACGAUUAGUCCACAGCCUGUUGCGUUAUCGAGUAAACAAAUCCUCCGACGUGUACCACUGAGCACUUGCAAAAAUCCAAAAAAUGAAAUAAUUGGGAAAUGUUGCCGAGAUCCAAAUUACGUUGAUCCUUGGCCAACAAACAAUCUUCCAGAAAAUUAUAGUGGUGGAUUUGACGAAAAAGGUUUCCCAACGUUUCUGAAUCUUGCUAAGGUAAAACCUCCUAUAAAAACAAUUUCAAACUCUCAGCCUGCACAACAGCAGGAAACAAAACCAGAGCCCACGUUGGUACCAGAAAAUUCGAAUGUUUUUACAAAAACCUUAAUACCCCCAAGUGAUGAUAGGCGUGUGAGAAAUAAUUUGAAUGUACAAGUAUCAAAAUUGAAAUGCGGUGUUAGAAAUAAGGUUUUGGAACAAUCAAAAAUAGAAGAAUCAGUAACAUCUUUUGCUGAAAUUCCGUGGCAAGCAAUGGUUUUGCAUUUAGCAGAAAGAAAAAUUCUCUGUUCCGGUGCUCUAGUUGGUACUGAACAUGUAUUAACAGCAGCUAACUGUGUUGAAAGCCUUUCACCAAGUGAUAUUUCAAUAAAGUUGGGUGAAUGGAAAUUGGGAUACGAAUUACAGCACGAGGAACCACUACCUUUUGAAAUCAUUAACGUAUCGUCCAUCAGUCUACAUCCUGGUUAUACGCGAGGACUUGGAGAACAUGACCUCGCGAUAUUGCAUCUUGAAAGAGCAGCAACCCUCAAUGUUCAUGUAAAUCCUAUUUGUUUACCCGAAAUAAAUGAAUUAGUACAAAACAAUAGACAAUGCAUCGCUACUGGAUGGGGAAAGUCCAUUCUUCAAGCACAUUAUGCUGGUGCAAUUAUGCAUGCAGUUAGUAUGAAAGUGUUGUCAACAGAACAUUGCACUGAACAAUUACUAAGAGUGAACUCUGAAGUAAAUGCUGCAAAUGGAAUUAUCUGUGCUACAACUAAGGAAGAAAAGAAUAAUGUUUGUGAAACAGAUGUUGGUGGGCCUCUUGCUUGUCAAAAUAAAAAUGGCUUCUAUGAAUUGGCUGGAAUUUAUAGUCAAGACACAGGAUGCCUUCCAUCAAAUGAAGUUGCCAUUUUUGCUCCAUUAGAUGAAAAGUGGUUAAAGAAUACCAUGCUUCAGACUACAUCUGAAGGAAGUAGAAUAAAUGUCAAUUACAGAAAGAGUUCUCUGUCCACGGAUAAUCAAUACUUACCUCCAAAUUGA